CAAUGAAAUCUAAACACACUCUUUUCUUACUCUGAGUGAGGAAGGAAUUAUGUAGCACUUGAACCAAUCAUUCUCAUCAAGGACACCAACGGUUCCACCAUAAGCCCAAAUACCUAUUACGACAACCCCGCUAACUCCGGCUGCAAAUUACUGCGGAAUUGAGUGGUAGGGAGACCUAACCUUCAAGUUAUGGGAUUACCAACACUACGCACAAUUGCAGCAAUCCACAACUAUUAGAUCCCUCGCCGCUAUACAUGCUUUCAUGAAAUAAAACCAAAUCUUGAAUUGGUUCAUCUAAGUAUUCAAAAUUAACGUUGACAGCUAUGGCAACCACUAUCAAGCCAACGAUUGUCAUCAUCCAUGGCGGUUGGCACACUCCCGAGAGCUACGAGGACCUCGUCACCUCUUUAGAGUCAUCUGGCUAUGAGGUGCACGUCCCGCGCAUGCCGUCAAUGAACCAAGUGCGCCCACCGAACGCCGGCCUCGUGGAAGAUACAACACUCAUCCGCGAUUACGUCAGUAGCCUAGUGCGAGCCGGAUGUCACGUCGCGGCCAUUAUGCACUCAUACGGAGGGCAAGUCGGCACCAACGCAUUACACGGCCUAGGUCUCGAAGUGCGAUCCGCCAAAGGUCUCAAAGGCGGGGUCUCCCAUCUCAUAUACGUAACCGCGUACGCCGGCAUCGAGGGCAGUCGUAUGAUGGAUAAAGUAGAGGAGUUCGGCCACAUGCACUUAGUGCCGAUAGCCUUUGACUUCGCCGACGACGGCACCGCGCUAUCCCGGGAUUUCAAGGGCUUGGUUGUGGGGCCCGGCCGCGAUGAGGCGGAUACCGAGGCUUAUGUUAAGACGCUCAGUCGCUGGAAUGGGAGGGCUAUGUAUGAGCCGCUUGAACACUCGGCUUGGCGCGAGAUCCCCGUGACUUAUGUUUAUACUACGGCUGAUAUGACGGUGCCGAUUGAUUACCAGAAGGCUAUGGUUGGUGAGCUUGAGAAGGCGGGUGUGGAGGUAAGGACUUGGGAGAUUGCGACGGGGCAUUGUCCGAAUGUUACGGCUACGCGGGAUUUGGUGGAAACGAUUAACAAGACGCUGGGUGGCUGAAGAGUUAUCCUGUGUGUAAUUAGCGACUCACACCCGCUGUAGAAGAGCCGAAGUCUAGAACAUCAACCUAUCAUACAGAAGAUUGUCACCAAUGGUGCGGACUGUGGGGGCAUAUAUGAAUAUACUGGCUACAUUUUGAUAACUAAGGUAAAAGCUGACAAAAUCGUCUGGA